AUGGAUCUGUGUGUGACUAUCAAAGGUGUCUCCUUCAUCUUGCAAAUGGGUAUGGGCAUAUUGGGGAACACUGUGGUGCUUCUGGCAUACACCAACAUUGUUAGCUCUGAAACAAAGCUCCUGCCUGUGGACAUGAUCCUGUGCCACCUGGUCUUUGCCAACCUGAUGCUGCUACUGACCCGCUGUGUACCCCAGACCAUGACCGUGUUUGGGCUGAGGAACCUUCUGAACGAUCCUGGGUGUAAAGUGGUGAUUUAUGCCUACAGGAUCAGUCGGGCAUUGUCUGUUUGCAUCACUUGCAUGCUCAGUGUAUUUCAGAUGGUGACAAUAGCCCCUACUGGGCCCCGACUGUCUAGGUUGAAGCCUGCUCUUCCCUCACUGGUCCUCCCCACAUUUGCAGGGCUCUGGCUCCUCAACAUGGCCAUUUGCAUUGCAGCCCCUUUCUUCUCUACGGCUCCACGUAACGGCACUGUACCUGCCUUCACCCUCAACCUUGGCUUCUGUCAUGUGGACUUCAGAGACAAUCUGUCCUAUGUCAUUAAUGGAGUAGCUGUUUCUGGAAGGGAUUUUGGCUUUGUUGCCCUGAUGGUGGGCUCCAGUUGUUAUGUCCUCCUUCUUCUCCACCGCCACAGCAAACAGGUAAAAGGGCUUCGUCGCUCUCUGGGCAGUGGGACAGAAACCAGAGCAGCCAAGACAGUGCUUACCCUGGUGGUUCUUUACGUUGUCUUCUUCGGCAUUGAUAACAUGAUCUGGAUCUACAUGUUGACGGUGUCAAAGGUCUCACUGGUGGUGGCUGAUAUGAGGGUUUUCUUCUCAUCCUGCUAUGCAUCACUCAGCCCAUAUUUCAUCAUAUCCUCGAACAAGAAGGUCAAGGAGAAAAUUGUGUGUUCGGCAGAGCAUGACCAACUGUCAGUGGAGAGUCAGUAG